AUGAAUCGAACAUUCUUCAACUUGACAAAAAUCGCCAAAGCUGAAUAUCGGGAAGACCUUGUCACCAUUUGGUUUCUCUACAAGGCUUUGUUUACCAGCGGUGCAGUUCUUAACGUCACGGUGGUGUAUGUCUUGCUUCGAGGCGGAAGAAUACGACAAAAUAUUUCUUGCUUUCUGGUGUUCCACUUGUCUGUUACUCAUUUAUUAUUUCACACAACGAUUCCGUUGGUUUGGAAAAUUCAUGGCCAUAGGGGAACCUCUUUAUCUUGUAAGAUUCUUACGAGUCUUGAUCUCGCUUGUGCCGCAGCUAUAUUUAACAGUAUGCUUGCGAUUGCCUGGGAUAGGUACAGAAACAUUAUGCGACCUUUCAAGAGCCUCGCUCCAAGAAGUGCCAAAGUGUACCUUAUGCUCACUGCCGCCAUUUGGAUCUAUGCACUCGUAACGUCACUACCUUUCUUGUUUAGCGCGAGGACAUACACUGAAGUUUUUUGCCCAAAAGGAACCAGUCCGCGUAAUGGAACAUGCCAAAAAAUAAUUUUCUGUCACAUGCCUGCAGACUGGAUAACAAAGCUGUCAAGAACGACAUACUUUAUUCUGGCAUUCGUUAUUCCUUUCAUCUAUAUUUUCUUUGCCUAUACAAAGAUUGCUUUUAGUUUGUGGAAGAGAAGCAAAAACGGUAAAAUUCACAUCGCUGUUGCUAAACGUAAAGUGAAGUCCACUCGCUUGAUGAGUAUUGCCGUUUGUGGCCUCGUAUUUUGUUGGGGACCAAAGUUCUUUGUAGACUUGCUCACCGUGUAUGGAGUUUUCGAUGAAAAGUUCUUCGUAUUGCAAAUUAUUAGUUAUUUAGCGCAGAUGUCAAGCUCUUCGAUAAAUCCUGGAGUGAGAAAUAAAUUCCUUGAUGACCUUGAGGAUUUUAUGAGCAGUUUGAGCAAUUUAAGCCUUUUUGACCGAAUGAGACAAUCUACUCUGAAAUAUGUGUAUUUCCUGAAUGCUUGGAGCUCAUCGCACUGUGCAGAUGCAAAUUCAACCGAUUUGGCCUUGCUCUCUGACGAUGAAUCGUCGCCAUGA